CUUCUUUCAGUCUGCUCUCAACCUCGGAAGGAGGUGGUUUACUCGUGUUCGGCAACAGCUUAUCGAGUUACGGUGUGAUUUGUGUUUGUAUUGUGGUGUACAAUGGCUUACAACGGUGGUGGUGGCAAGAGACUUUGCAGUGGGACCGACCUCGACGUGGAAAGGAGUAAUGGAAACAAUUACAUGUCGGGCGAGCCGCGGCGCAAGCGCGAGCUGCCCGCGCGCCCCAACCACAUCCUGCUCUACACCAUCAUCAACCCGGCCUACCCCAUCACUGUGGAUGUCAUACACACAAUCAGCACGCCGCACGGGCUGGUGCAGAGGAUCGUUGUGUUCAAGAAGAAUGGCGUGCAGGCCAUGGUUGAGUUCGAGAGCAUCGAGUCGGCGACGCGCGCGAAAGAGGCGCUACACGGCUGCGACAUAUACUCUGGAUGCUGCACACUCAAGAUUGAAUUUGCUAAGCCUGAAAGACUGAACGUAUUCAAAAAUGACCAGGACAGUUGGGACUACACAUUAAUUGAGGAGGUCCAGCCCGCGCAGCGCAGCGCCCCCCUACUCCAGUCCCCGCAGUACACAGGGGGUCGACCGCAGCCCUACAAUGCCGCCACGGCUACGACACCACAGCCUCGACCUUGCAGCGAAGAUUCUUGCAGCCAGCACAGCCAACACAGCCAGCAUAGCCAGCACUCCUGCGACCCUGUGCAGAACGAUAUGGAGUUUGGUAGCGGAGGUCCUCCCCCUCCCGGCAUGAUGAAAGACAGACACGGGCCACCCCCGCCACACCACCCGCGCGACGGUCGCGGCUACGGCCCGGAGGGGUACGGCGCAGAGGCCUUCGCUCCCCCUCCCCCCAUGCACCAUCCCAUGCCGCCCCAGAAUCAGGGCGCUCCUCCUCCACAGCAGGGCGCCGUGAUGAUGGUGUACGGGCUGGAUCCCGCCACCGUCAACGCCGACCGGCUCUUCAACCUGUGCUGCCUCUACGGGAACGUCGUCAGAAUAAAGUUCUUGAAGACCAAAGAGGGCACCGCAAUGGUACAGAUGGGGGACGGCGUGUCGGUGGAGCGCUGCGUACAGAACCUCAACAACGUCACCGUGGGGGACUACACGCUCACACUGGCAUUCUCAAAACAGGCAUACCUGUCGGAAGUGAUGAACCCCUACCCGCUGCCGGACAAGAGCCCCUCGUUCAAGGACUACGUGGGCAACAAGAACAACCGCUUCCUCACGCCCGCCUCCAUACACAAGAACAGAAUACAGCCCCCGUCCAAGGUGCUGCACUUCUUCAACACCCCGCCCGACGUGUCGGACGAUCAGCUGCUGCAGGUGUUCAAGGACUACGGCGUCGCUCCGCCGCACACCAUCUCCAAGUUCCCGCUCAAGAGUGAGAGGUCUUCGUCAGGCCUGAUGGAGUUCCAGAACAUAUCGCAGUCGGUUAUGGCCAUCAUGGCGUGCAACCACGCCACCAUUCAGCAUCCAGGUGCGAAGUUCCCGUUCGUAAUGAAGCUGUGUUUCUCGUCGUCGCGACAGAUCGGCCAGGGCAAAGGCCAGCCGCCCGUCAAAGCGCACAACCAAACGCCCGAGCAGAACCAGCGGCAAGGGCAGAACAACGGGCUCGAGCACGACUACUAGUAAGAGAUCCUACUACCAGUAAGAUAGGUACCGCCGCAGCGCGCGCCACGCCAGUUGGAACUGUGUUUGGAUAUGGGGAGGAAAAAAGUCCACUCAAUGACUUAAGAGCCACGUUUGAGUAAGAAAAUAGUCAGGCGGGAGAAAUUUUAUGUGAUUUUUUUUUUCAGUUAAAAAAAAACUAAGAGUCCAGACUCUAUUUAAAAAGGCAAAUCUUCCGAGAAAGCUGGUACUCGUGGGAGUGGCCUAGAAAAGUUCAACUUCAAAUUCUCGACCAAGAUUUCCUUUGUGCAUUUUUUGCCAUCUUGAAAAAUGGUUAUAUUCAGUUUUCUUUUUUACAAUUACUCGGUUCUCCGUUGAGAUGCGAUGCGUUCUUUUUUAUUGCUCUUUGAAGGAUUUUUUUUUACUUAUCGUUAAUCGUUAUUGAGAUAUCAAUCGAAAAAGUAAAAAAAAAUAGGAAAAGGAAUUUGUUUAUCUGUAUAUAAUAAUAUAUUUUGUUAAUAUAAAUAUACUACAUUUUUCCUUUUUUAACUGAAUAAUUCCGUUUGGGUUCAGGAUUUAUAUUCCACACAAAAGCGUGCCAGUCAAUAAAACAGUUCCAACUUCCGUGAAUAAUACAUAUAAGAGAUGUUACUUUUUAAUUGUGUAAAAAUAUAUACAUAAUAUAUAAAACAUAUAUAAUAUAAUAUAUAUGUUUCGAAAUGCAAAGUGUUGAAAAAAGACAUGAGUGUCAUAAAUUGUAAAUUGUGUAGGGCGUUGUUGGACCAAUGUUAAGUCGAUUUGGUAUUUUUUUUUAAUUAAUUACUUAAUAAGGCUUUACGUAAGCCAUUUAUGUAGUUACAUUUAUUAUUUAUAAAUAUGCAGGAUGAGUAUUAAGAGUGUGCCUUGAGGAAUAGUGAAAAAUAAUACUUGAGACCGGUUUUUUAGAAAGAUAAUAUAUACAAUAAUAAUUUCUUUUUAUUAUAUAAAAAUGAUCAACUUGCUUGAUUAUAAAAAAAAAUCAUUUCUGUAUUUUUAUAUAUUAUGUAUGAAAACUCAAUAAUCUGUAAAAAUUUGGAAGUCUUGAGUAGUUUUUAGCUAUUCCUUAAAAUUUCAGUUAUGGCAAUCCACUAUCGCUUAAUAAAUCAUCCUGUGUAUGUUUUCGGUACGAUUUCAGUACGGUAGGGAUACGAUACUGUAGUAGUGGUACGGUAAAGGAAUCGUACCGUGAUCUUCUUCGAGUCCGAAUUUGUGCAUUACACGUUCAUAUAUGUAUUAUGGUUGGUUUCCAUAUAGCACAAAUCUGUAUGUACGAGUAGUUAAACGUAUAUUAUAGCUAUUUUAUUGAAGUUAUUGUUUAAAUGUCUAAAUAUAUUAUGUAGAAUGUAUAUUAUUGUCGUAUAAGUUAUAUAUAUUCUGCCGUUUUUUCUCCAUAUAUAUUUAAUGUAAAAUAAUAAUAUACGUGUAAUGUAAAAUACAGUAGAUGUUUGCCGGCCUAAUGAAAAAGUAAAUAGAUAUCAAAUCUCUCUCGGUACGGUAUUGUUCGAGUAAUGCAUUCUUGGCCUGAACACUAAUUAAAUUGAUUUUCUUAAAAAUAUUGAUAUUUUUUUCAGUCCAAUGUUCGUAACGUACCGUACCGUACUACUGUACCGAAAUGGUACAACGGACCGUUUAAGUAUUGUGUAGAUGUUUUUCUUAAAAAAAAGGUGUACAAUAAAUUUGUUAGUACUCUUACAUACAUAAAAUAUGAAUAUUUUUUAACUAAAUUAAUGGAUUUGAAGGCAUUUCUAUUAUUUUGUCUUUAAAAUAGGAAAUUGGUUGAGGAAAACAAUCUUACAUAAUACUUAAAUGUUUCUUAUAGGGCAGUGCUUCUCUGAACAGGAUUUUUUUUUUUAGAAAAAAUAAUAUAAAUAAUAAAAUGAUAAUAAUUUAUUAAAAUUGUAACUAGACAUUUAUGCAUAUCAUUCGCGACACCUGAUCCGUUGGCAUGUUUUCAAAUAGGACAGCAUUGCAAUACUAAUCUGUCAGUGAAUGCUGCCUUUCAAUAUUAGUAUUCUAUCUUUUAUUUUCAAAGAUUAUUUCUAUAUAAAUACUUUUGGUCGACUUUGGACUGCAGUGUAUUGAUAAAGUGAGUUUUUGAAAAAAAAAAUGACUGUUUUAACACAGAUAAUAUAUUCCAUAUAUUUUAAACCUUUUUACAGUAGGGACCAUAGAGGCUAACAGAACGCAUGAUAUGUUUGCUUGGAAAAUUCUUAUUUCAGUUUGGUAUCACUUGUGUAUGAAGACUAGAGAAUAAUUGAAAGGGAAAUGAGAUCCGGCCCACUCCUACCCUAACCACCCGGCAAUUUACAUAUAUCUAAAAAUAUCUUGAUAAUUUUAGUUUAUAACAUUGAAAUGAUUACUUUAUCAAAAAAAAAUACUGCAACGACAUUUGACAUCUUUAAUUUACCCGGCAAUUUACAUAUAUCUACAAAUAUCUUGAUAAUUUUAGUUUAUAACAUUGAAAUGAUUACUUUAUCAAAAAAAAAUACUGCAACGACAUUUGACAUCUUUAAUUUACCCGGCAAUUUACAUAUAUCUUUAUCAAAAAAAAAAAAAAAUACUGCAACGACAUUUGUAAUUCAUCUUUAAUUUACCCGGCAAUUUAAAUAUAUCUAAAAAUAUCUUGAUAAUUUUAGUUUAUAACAUUGAAAUGAUUACUUUAUCAAAAAAAAAAUACUGCAACGACAUUUGUAAUUCAUCUUUAAUUUACCCGGCAAUUUACAUAUAUCUACAAAUAUCUUGAUAAUUUUAGUUUAUAACAUUGAAAUGAUUACUUUAUCAAAAAAAAAUACUGCAACGACAUCUGUAAUUCAUCUUUAAUUUACCCGGCAAUUUACAUAUAUCUAAAAAUAUCUUGAUAAUUUUAGUUUAUAACAUUGAAAUGAUUACUUUAUCAAAAAAAAAAUACUGCGACGACAUUUUUAAUUCAUCUUUAAUUUGUCCCCAAGUCUUGGGGACAUUUUUUGUAGACUUUUGAUUGGUUUGUUUGUUUUUCUUGUUGGUAACAGAAAAAAAUAAUACUAAAAAAUACAGCUUUAAAUGUUACUUCGCCGUUUUGUUACACCGGCGAACUUUUUGCCCUAGAAGAGUGAUAA